AUGUCAUACAAUACGUUUUACGAGUCGUUUAGCUGCAAAGAAUUCCAAAAGAACGUCGACGCAAAUUCAAACAACAUGAAGAACGAAAACAAAAUGGUUGACGAUCAAAAUGGUGGGAAGGUUGAAAUUAUAUUACAAAAUGAGGGUAAAGAAGACGAAGAUCAUGUUCAGCAUAUUUUAGGGCCUAGUAGGCGUUGUUUGGCGUGGGCCUGCAAAGCUUGUAAAAGAAAAACUGCAGCUGUCGACAGGAGAAAAGCUGCUACCUUAAGAGAAAGGCGGAGAUUGAGAAAAGUAAACGCAGCAUUCGAGGAACUCCGAAUAAGAGCGCGGGCUGGCAGUGGAAGACUACCCAAAUUAGAAAUACUUCGCGCUGCCAUACAACACAUUGAGAGACUGCAAGCGGCAUUACGAGCCGCUGCUGUUCUGGAAUCGGAGAGCUGCAAGUCAUACGUGGAGUCGCCGGCUGCAGUUGCACGGAUCUGUCCCGACAGCCGACAGAGUAAAGACGACAAGGAGAGACCUUUUUUUAAUAGUGAGUCACCCGGAUGCGGCAAUAGUCUAGCUCGAUUACGAUGCAUCGUGCAAGCUUUAGCUAGCAAGGACCAUCCAUGACAAAUUAGUUAAAAAACUUAUUUCAAAUAUUUAGUAUAGAACGAAAAUACAAAACUAUUCCUGUAAUGUCGUGCGGCGAUGUUCCCCGCGCGCUGUUCCCGUGAUUUAUAAAAACUUGGACUUGGGGUAAGCAAAAAUGGCGAGAAAAGCAAGUUUGCAAACCAGCGGUUUUGCAGUUGGUGGGGCUGUGUGUACCAGACCAAUAUGUGUGGCGGCGGCGUUAGCCUCCUCUGUUCGCGUUACUACGUGCGCGACAUUGCGUUACCUAAAUGUCCCUAGUUUCGUGGAUAUUAUUCUGUUGCUCAUUGAACAAAUUCGUACAAGCGGCUUUAUGAGUUUGGUGUUACCAUUACCAAUUAAGUAAUUAAUACAAAGAUCGAGCACUUAGAAAAAAACUUUUGUUACGGCCGGAUUGGAACCCCAAAUCGUGGCAGACGCUAUGCGAACUAAGCUACGGAACGAACCAGCGGACCUCACGGAUUUUUUUAUGUGCUUGUUAUCGGGUCUUUGUAUUUGGUUUUUUCAAUGACUUUUUAGCCGUAGCACCA